CUUUUGAUAAUCGGGGAAAAAGGUCAAGUGAUUAACGUGAUAACUUCUACGAUAGGAGUUGUUUGUAUAAAUAUCUACAAAUAAGCGAUCAAGACAUCAACCAAGAUGAAGGCUUUCUUACGUUUUGCAUUAUAUUGGUGCGUCACUCAGGUGCUCUCUGCGGAAUUCCCCGAAGAGCUUUUGGAAGAACACGAUUAUGAAUGUUUUAAAAAGCUAAACCUCGAUAAAAACACAUUCUCGUCAUACUUCGACGAUAGGUUAAGGUUGGUCCAUCUGGACGAGACCGGAAUUAAACUUUUAGAAUGCGUACUUAAGGACGGCAACUACUUCACCCCCGAGGGUAAACUCAACAAAGAGCUGAUGGUCAAAAGGAUAGCGAAAUGGCUCAAAUUUAUGGUUAAGUGUGAUCCUGAAGGAAAGGACUGGGCAGCUUUGGCUGCGGAAUUUUAUGAACACUGUGACAAGAUAAAAGGUGACAACGGAGUGGAACUGACGAAAAAAUGGAAUAAGUGUCUUACAGACAAAGCUGAUACUAUCGAAUAAUAAUAACAAUUAAGUUACUCAAUGUUAUUGUUUCUUUGAAUAAUGUUUAAUGAUUAUAUUUUUGUACUAUUAACUUUAGUUUACAAUAAACAACAAUACAUUACUAAAA